AUGAUACAUUUUGUACGUCAAAGCGGUGCCGUUCUUUCCUCCUUGUUUUACGAAUGUGCUAACUCACAUACCGAUCUGGAAGGCUUUCUGUUGGGGACUGUAGCCACAAGAACAUUAGGUGCCAUUGAUGACCAUAGCGAUCAGACUGACGAUACCACCGAACGAUUUAUUGUGAUACAAGGAUACACCAUUUGUCAAAAUCGUUUUUAUGACAGCCAAGGCCAAGUGAAUCGAGACGCUAUUGAAGAACAAGUACGAGACAUACAUCAAGUGGUUGGCUAUUUUCGAUUUCGAAGGGAGACAGUCAUGACACUUUCGAUCCGUGAACAAAUCCUUAUGCAGGGCUUGCAAGAGGUGGUGCCUAAUUUGGAGUGCAUGGCUAUCAUUACAGCAUCACUGGUCGAGGAAAAUGAUGCUUCCACACACGCCCACGAUAUCACAUUUUGGAAUACAACAAAGACAAGGAUACCAUUGCAAAUUGUCAACAUGAAUGAGAGUACUUUGGCCUAUCAGCACUUUAUUCCCAGCGUAGCACAGGAUCCCAGGAGGAUGGAUAUGCUGCGGUCGAUUGAUCCACAAAGUAUCAUGCAGCAAUACGAUACCAUUUAUCAACGUGCAAUGGAUGCACUCGAGAGAGCAACCACUCAAGUGAUUGAGAAAGAGCGAGAACUCAAGGCGCUUAUGGAACAACGCAGCUAG